ACUCAAUUCACUUUACUAUUAUCAAAAUGUCAACUUAUAUAAACGAAAAGUCGUCUUGUCCACGGCCGUCGAUCGUGCCUAUGGAGACAACAACGACUGUAAUAGAUAUACCAGAUGAAGGCUAUGGUAAUAUAAUUAAAAAUGAUUACCCCUUAAAAUAGACUUACCGAAAAUUAUAUAGAUCUAAGCAGCAAAGAACAAAUGAAUGCCUUUGCAAACGAACAGACAGUGCAUACAAGUGGAUCUAAAGAAAGAGUCAUUAUCAUUGACGAUCCACCAAGAUAUGAACACACACGGGAUGAUGUAACAUCCUGUCCAAAGUCUAGAAGAUUUGUACUCUGUUCAACAAUGCCUAUCACAAACACUAUCUUGUUUCAGUGGCUACAUAGGCAGUACAAAGAUAACAAUAACAGAUAUGCAUUUCAAAUGGCUGUGGCCUUUACGAUUGCCGCCCUGUUUGUCGUUAUUGAUCCAGUCUCAAAAGUAUUUCAUAACCCUUUUUGGAUGGGCGUGGCCGUGGUUACUGUGCUGGAUAACACAGUGGGCGGAUUUUUGACAUUAAGCAUUCAAAGAAUCUUUGGUACUAUCAUUGGUGGCAGCGCAAGCAUUAUCAUCAUCACAAUUACUCGAGCCAUCUUUAAUUUGCAAUGGGAUUGGAGAGCUGAGGUCGUUCUCUGCAUCUUAAUGUUUAUCCAAAUAUUUUUUAUUUCCAAAAUCAAGCUGAUCCCGAAUUAUUCUUAUGCAGGAAGCAUUGGCUUAUUAACCACUGUCAUCAUUUUAUUAUCUGGUUACGAAGAAAUCACUCAUGAGGGAUUAUCGUCAGCAGCACAAUUAGGCGCAUGGAGAGUGUGCAACAUGAUUAUCGGUGUUCUUAUUGCAAUGGUUGCAUCUUGCUGUGUGUUCCCGGCCCGUGCCAUUGGUGUCAUGCGCACUAAUCUCGGAAAGUCAAUGGACGAGGCUGCCAACUUAUACGAGAGGUCAGCGGAAUACUAUCUUGAUCUCACGCAAGAUAAUAUGAACGAAUCCUUAGCAUCAAGAUUAGAGCGGAGAAUCUCGACACAGAUCACGGUUGCACCCACACCGGAAAAUAAUGGAAAUCAAGAGACACCGCAGAUCUCUAUCAAGGAAACCCUUCAACGUAUCUUUUCGACAACGUCAGCUACUUAUAAAGAACCUCCCACGGAUCAAGAUGUUGAGGAUAUAUCCCGAUUCUGGGACCACGACGAGAUCACACGUGUUAGUAAUGAAGCUAUCACAGUCCUUUCUCGUUUACAGACAGAGUCAACGCGGCUAAAGAAUGUAUCAAAUGAAUACUAUCUUCAAAUCUUGUUCCAUUUCCUAGGAGGAGGCAAGGAACGAUGUAAACGGUAUCUCCGACGAACCAUGAGGUACAAUGAGGCAAUCGAGGCUAUGAAACGAGUGGUCUGGCCAUUGGCUUCAUUUAGACUCCUCUUCCCUUUAAUUAAUCAAUCAGGAAAUGAUCAGAAUGCAUGCGCAGUACAAGCGCGCACUACACCUACCCGUGAAACCCUCGAAUGUUUUGCCAAUAGUCUGACUGUCAUGCGAAAAUUAGCGACCAUCCUUAAAGAACAUAAUCGACCACUGAGUGAUUUUUCGGAAGACUGGGUCGAAAUUCAUCGGAUGGUCCAUGCGGGAACUUUCCAUGCUCAGCAGGAACUGAAGGAAACGAUCAAAAUUGGUAUUCAUCAUCACAACAUGGAUGGACUUAAGUUGCUAUCAUACUAUGGUUUCAUCGUUCGGUGUUCCAUGAUAUGGGACGGCCUCAAGACAGUGGUAGAUAAGCUCAGUCCAUUAAACGGAACUCUAAGUCGCGCCUCAUCUUUUGGUUCGAAACCUUUACCUAAUCGAGAGACUUUGUAUGCACCAGAAUAAAUAAAUGAUUUCCUUGAUAAAAAAAAUGUUGUACGAAUUAGCCUCAAAAGUCAGAAAGUGCCAUAAUAAAUAUAGAAAUCGGAUAUCCAUCUUAAAACAUUGACAUAUAUGCAGUGAUAUUUGUCUUGUUCAACCUAAAACAAUCUCC